ACCUUUUCAGUUCCGUAACACAAAAUUCCAAUGAAAAUACACUAACAAUCACAAACGACAAAACACAAAAAUAACAGUGCUGCACCAUUUCCCAGUACUGCAGACUCUCUCUCUCGCGCGCGCUCUCUCUCUUCUCGAUACACAAACGGUCACAAUUUCACAUUAGCUUCCACAUAAAAACCCUCCUCCACCAUCACAAUCUCUCUCUCUAGCAAUGAUGGAUGUGCUCUCCUCUUUCUCUCCUCCUCUCUGUUAUCUUCAUCAUCAUCACCACCACAACAGCCCACUUCUCAACCGCAUCUCCUGAUCCUCAUACCAUCCACCAGCUACGGCCUAUCGUCAGACAACAAUCCACCAUCGCCGCCGCCAACGGCGUAGCAGUGAGGGUGGAGCUCUGGUGCGUCGGCAAGAACAACGCCCAAGACUCCGCCCUCCAGAAAGCCCUGGACUGGGCCUGCGGCCCAGGCGGCGCAGAUUGCGGGCCCAUCCAGCAAGGCGGGCCCUGCUACGACCCCGCCGACGUACAGAGAACGGCGUCGUAUGCUUUCAAUGAUUACUUCCUCAAGAAUGGCUUGACCCAAGACAGCUGUAACUUCGACGGCACCGCCGCUCUCACCUCUCUCAACCCCAGUCAUGGUAGCUGUAAAUUCCCAUCCAGCUUUGCAGUAAACAAUGGAAGCUUUACAGGGUCAUCAACGGCAGUGGGAUUUGGCCCUGCUGGUGCAGAUAUAAGUGGUGGCAAUUAUUUUGCUGGUACAUGGUAUUUGUCCUUGGUCACCAUUCAUUUGUUCUAUGCAAUUACACUGAUUUUUUGAGGACUGUUAAAAUCAUCCGCUGUUCAAUUGUAUGUAACCUAGAACCAACCAAUGCAAAAGCAAAUGUUUUUGUUUGAGAAGUUAAAAAGUAGGUAUUCGGAACUGGUUUUGCAAAUUUUUUUAUGAAGAUUAUAUUGCAAUUAAUGAAAUUUCUUCUGGUAGUCCACUAUGGAAUCCAUUGAACAAAA